AUGUCCGGUCGUACACGUACGAAAUCGGCCAGUUCUAGCAUCCUGAAAUCGGACCUUGAUGACCACAUCCUCGACAACGUAUCCGUGGCCCAUUUUGUCGAGCAUGUCUGGGGAUUAGGGCCUGCAAAGGUUUCAAAAAUUCUUGAUACACAAUUUCAGCUCCCAGAAGACCUCCUGAAAGAAUAUCUGCAUAUUCUCAACAACAGUACCAAGCAGGAGUUCACACUUCACAAGCCAUUUCGCGGUAUCUCUAGAGCACUUCUCAAGAGCGUCUGCGAUCAUUUUGACCUUCCGCACACUGUGCUCCAAACAUACUUUUGGGAUGGAAAUGGCACAACUUAUGUCUCUCAUGAAUCUCGUGUCAAAUUCAAAAAGACAUCGAGCAGCAAUGCCCAAGCAAUGGUCGUGAAAAUAAAGAAGGGUUCCCAUCAUGGCAUGCUCAAGCCUGACCUCCUGGAGGUAUGCAUACCGGUAGAUAAUGACAACAAUCCUUUGAAUCCCGACAACGAAGACUCUAUCACAAAUGCAGAGAUACCAACAUGGGCUCUUGCGCGUGCCCCGGUCAAAUUUAAGAAGGAUAGGAAGACGGUCACACCCAAGCUCGACACCGUUCACGAAGGCAAAGAGACGGGCACAGGGUCUGGUGUAGGUACCGAGGUGUCGUCUUUGCUCAAUACUGACGGGAUGGGCAACUCGUCUGGUUUCACGCAGGAGAGUGGAAAAUCUAGAAACAAGCGACCAGGCAGUCCAACCCUCUCAAAAGAACUUAGAGACGCGAAGAAACAACGCACCAUGGCCACCCGGAACAUUUCACUAGAUGAAUUAAAACUUGCUAAUUAUGCGCUUGAGUGCCUUUACGCCGGAAAUCGACACUACGUGACUGGCAUUUUUAUCAACGGCGUCACCUUUAGACUCUGGUAUUACGAUCACUCGGGCCCAAUGCGUACCGUUUCUCAUGACUUUUCUCAGCCAUCUGGCACGGCCAAUCUUGCAGCUGUCCUGUUCGCUCUUAGUCAGAGCAACAUGAAGCAGGCUGGAUUCAACCCUUAUAUCUAUUGCCUGGCUGGAAAGCUUGACGUGCCCAUUCAGACUUCCACUGUAAUUCCCUUGACCAAACCGUGGCCUAAGAUGAAAGACCUCUGCUACAAAUUCACCGAGGGCAACAAGGAACAUGUGUUUGCUAUACACAGAUAUAUCUCUCGCUACAGAGGCAUCAACGGUCGUGGAACGGUGGCAGCACAAGUUCGCCAUGCUCUCAUAGGAGAAAUGUUCUCUCCUAAUCUAUACGUCCUCAAGAUGAGUUGGCAGUUUCCAAAUCGUAAGCAUGAAGGCGAAAUCAUCAGUCACCUUCGCAAAGUGCUUCCUGACUGGCAUGAUCACCUUCCCGACCCCUUAUUCUAUACGAAGAUUACAGCGGAAGAACUUGCCAUGCCGAAAUACAAUGUCUACAAUGCGAUGAAGGACUCAGCCACUCCCCCUAGCAAUCACAUCGACGACCGCGAUCUGCAUGUCAUUGCAACAAACCGCUACAAACACCUUUGGGAAGCCAGUGACAUUGAAGAGUUUAAGCAGGCUUUCAUAGACUGCCAUUACCAUGCCUUUCAAACUGGGAAUGUUCUUCACCGUGAUAUCAGCGAGAAUAACCUCAUGAUAUAUCUACCUGGCAAGACAGACAAGCUGGAAGAACAAGAUGUUGCCGAUAAUGCGGAAAUUGCUACCAAAAAGAUAGCCUCUGGUCCAGCGACCGAGUCGAAGUCUGUUGAAAUCACAGAACCUCGAGUUCGCGGAGUUCUCAACGACUUCGAUAUGGCCGUCGUUCUAGGUCCCGAUGGCAAACCUACAACACCUUCCACCGGAGAUCACCACAUCACAGGCACUCUACCCUUCAUGGCUGGUGAUCUUCUCAUGACACCGGAAGAUCGAGCGAAAUUCCAAUUGAAAUACCCUACAGUUCCGACGUAUCAUUUGUACCGCCACGACCUCGAGUCGUUGCGCCUUCUCCCGGGCUCGCCGCUGAUAGGGUGGUCAAAUACCCCAAACGUGCUCAACACUGUGCAAAUAAAGGCAUUAACAAUUCCGCUCAUGGAAGUAUUGGAAACAGGUACCCUCGCAGAGUGGAAAGGCCUUUGGGCGGACUGGAUUGAGCCACUCUUUCUUUUAUUUGAGGAAGGGCUGCGAUGCAGCGCAGCUGCUCGGAGACGCGGCAAUAUAGAUGAUUUCACGACCGGCGGGGGACUUUUGACUUUUGAAAAAUUCAUGGCGACUAUUAAAGUCACACCCCGAAACUUCGAUACCAAGAAGUGA